AAUUUGAAGAUGCACCCACCCAGUGAAAAAUCUGGAUUAGGAGAGGCUGUUGCAACAGAGGGAAAUGACCAAGAAAUAAAAAACUGUGAGCAGGAAGGCAGCCCUUCUAGCAAUGGGGACGGCUUAAUUAAAGCAGAAGAAAAGCCUCAACUGCCUGAAGGAGAGGAAGGGGUAGAAAGGGCCAUUAGCUGUGAGCAUCAAAAACUGAAAACUGAUGAUGUUGAGUAUAGCAACGGAGAACCAGCACCACCGAAAAGAGAUAAUUCUGGGAGUGACCCGGAUCAACAGACUAUUAAGACAAAUAAUAAUCAUAAGCCAGUAACUGAUUCACCCUCUGGACAAUCAGAAUUAAACAAAUGUGGCUUGAGAAUGACCAAAAAACUGUUGAGGGACCUCUGCAAACAACACAAGUUAUAUGUGACCCCAAGCUUGAAUGACACCCUCUAUCUCCAUUACAAAGGAUUUGAUCGUUUGGAGAACUUGGAAGAGUAUACCGGCUUAAGGUGCCUAUGGCUGGAAUGCAACGGCCUGACAAAGAUUGAGAACCUGACUGCGCAGACAGACCUGCGUUGCCUUUAUCUGCAACUCAAUUUGAUCCACAAAAUUGAGAACCUGGAACCUUUGCAAAAACUGGAUUCUCUCAACCUCAGCAACAAUUACGUAAAGACCAUUGAAAAUCUCUCUUCUUUGAAAGUUCUUCACACCCUGCAAAUUGCUCACAAUAUGUUACAAACAGUGGAAGACAUACAGCACUUGCAGGAAUGCCCGAGUAUUUGCGUACUUGAUCUCUCUCACAAUAAGCUGGAUGAUCCUCAUAUUUUAGAGAUCCUGGAAACCAUGCCUGAUUUGCGUGUGUUGAACCUAAUGGGAAAUGAAGUCAUUAAGAAAAUAGUUAACUAUAGGAGGACACUUACUAUCCGAUUAAAACAACUGACGUAUCUGGACGACAGACCAGUUUUUCCAAAGGAGAGGGCCUGUGCAGAGGCCUGGGCUGCUGGCGGGCGUGAAGCUGAAAAAAGAGAAAAGGACAUGUGGGAAUCGAAAGAAAGGAAGAAGAUACGGGAGAGCCUUGAUGCGCUCACUGCAGUUCGAGAAAAAGCCCGAGAGAGGAAAAGACAGAAGGAGAUGGAAGAAAGGGAGAGAGGCUCCGUUGACGAAGGAGAGGCCCUACCAUCUUCAAGCAAUGGUGCCGUGGCAGAAAAUGGAGUGGAGACAUCAGAGGUUUCGGAACCCCUGGAGACGAAGCAGAAGAUUGAGAAAUUUGUGAAAGAAACUCUGGGCGCCCACAAAGACGCGAUAGCUGCCAAGGAAAUCUUGGGUGACCAGUUGAGGAGAUCAGAGAAAGAUCCACAUCAGCAGGAAGCCCAGGAACCGGAAUUGAACGUGGCUGCUGGCCUCCUCACAUCUGUUGAAAAAGUUUAUAGGUUCGCUACCGAAGGGCCACUGCGAACUGAAUGCAUUGACUUGGCAGAUAUUGAACACAUUAUGUUGGUUGGACCAGAAAAACUUUUCCUUGACGAACUUCCUGAUUUAGAAGACAUAGAUACCCCCGGUGAAGAUUCAUCGAAGGAAGACAUCUUCACCAAAAAGCGAAUAUCCCCUCCCAAAAUUGAAGUGAUUUCUGAAACCAGCCACCAGAGAGGCUACACCGAAGGAAACGUCACCGCUUCCGACAACUCACUAACCUCGGAAGUCUUAAACGCCAUUUUUUCGAAAGAUCCCACGGUGCCUGAAGCUGGUGCCAAAGAAACCAUUGGGCCAAUUGUCCAAGAUCUUCUGGCACCACAAGAGAAGACCAAGGAACAUGAAGCAAAACCUCUGGGACCUUUAAUUGAAGACGUCACUCCUGAAUCUUCGGAGCCUUCACAAUGUGAUCAAGAUGGGCGAAUCCCAGACGGGACCAAAAACGUGGAGAUUGAGUCUGGAUCACCUUGCCUAGAUGCAGAGCAACCAGGAUUAGAAGCAAGUGAAGAUGCUGAACACGUGUUGGACUGAGGAGUGAGAUGUAGAGCAAAAUGCACCCUGAUGGUUUCACCUGCCUGAUCCGUCUCCGAGGUUCUCUUGAUUAACUGCAAACUUGUGUGAUGGUCUGGACAGGGGACUGAGGGCAUCCAGAGCUACCAUGUGGUAAUGAAGCUAGGAAACCUCUGUGGCAGGUCAUCAACAUUUAAACUUAGAAUCCAGGUUUAAUUUUUGUCGUUCUGUUAGCACAAUACAGCUAAAUUGAGAGAGCAGAAAUUUUAAGUCUCGUCUGCUGUGUUUUGUCCCGCUAAAAUCCAAUGUUUUUCAGUUUUGUUGUCCUGUGCCUUCUGGGACAGCAAGUUAUGAAGUUGCCGUUGUAUAUUUCUCUUUGGAUUUAUUUCUAGUUGUAACUCAGCUUCAAUAAAGGUUU